AUGUUCGCGGAGAUAAACCGGCGGACGCUCGCGUUCCGCGGCGGCGGCCUCGUCACCCCCGCGGCGGCCGCCUCGGCGGCGGGGGCCGAGGCCUGGGAGCGGCAGGACCCCGAGGCGCUGAACGGGCGCGGGGCGGACGAGGAGGCGGAGCUGGAGGGGCUGGAGGCCGAGGAGCUGGAGGCCACCGCCGCUGAGGAGAAGGAGCUGCUGCUGCCCCAGGACGCGGCGUCGCCCCCCGCCGCCUCCGGCCCCAUGUUCGCCGAGAGGAACCGCCGGACUCUGGCCUUCCGCGGCGGCGGGGGGCUCCUGGCCGCCCACCCCGCCACCAACAAUGGCUGCGAGGCCGCGGCCUGGCCGCGGAAGCACUUCAAUGGGCGGGGGGCGGACGAGGAGAUGGAGCUGGAGGGCGCGGAGGGACUGGAGACGGAGGGGCUGCUGGAGGGCAAGGAGCUGGUCCAGGACGGGGGUUCACUGAGUGACAGCAGCGACGACGAAGAGGACGGCGAAGGGGGCAGCCUGGGCGACGGCAGCGGCGCCGAGGGCGGCAGCUGCAGUAGCAGCCGGCGGUCAGGGGGCGACGGCGGGGACGAGGCCGAAGGCAGCGGCGAAGGGGAGAGCAUCCGGCACUUCCCGCUGGCCAGGCCCAAGUCCCUGCUGCAGAAGCUGCACAUCUCCUUCCAGGGCUCCUGGCUCAAGGAGUUCCCGUGGCUCUACUACUGCCAGGAGACCGGCCUCAUGUCCUGCGCCUGGUGCACCGCGGCCGCCGCCGCUGCUGCGCCCCCUGAGCUGAUCAUGUCCGGCGCGCCCCUGCCUGGGGGGCACGACGAGCUCUGCAAGGGCACCCGCAACUACAAGCGCACUCUGCUCCUGCGGCACCACCUCUCCGCCGAGCAUCGCCUCAAUGAGCCCGGCAGCGCCGAGCAGGAGGCAGAGUUACCAUCAGAACUGAAUAAUGAAGGAUACUGUGAUUUUAACAGCAGGCCAAAUGAGAACUCUUACUGCUAUCAGCUCCUGCAAGAGCUCAACGAGCAGAGGAAGAAAGGCAUUCUGUGUGAUGUUAAUAUUGUGGUGAGUGGGAGGGUCUUCAGAGCUCACAAGAACAUCCUGGUUGCAGGCAGCCGCUUCUUUAAGACUCUCUAUUGCUUUACAAACAAAGAAAGCCGUAACCAAACCACUGUUACCUAUUUAGACGUUGUUGCUGUUCAAGGUUUUUCUGUCAUCUUGGACUUCUUAUAUUCUGGUAACCUCGUGCUUACGAGCCAAAAUGCCAUUGAAGUGAUGUCGGUGGCCAGCUACCUUCAGAUGACGGAGGUUGUCCAGUCCUGCCGCAACUUCAUUAAAGAUGCCUUAAACAUAAGUAUAAAAUCAGAAGCUCCAGAGACUGUUGUAGUGGAUUACAACAGAAGAUCUGUUAGUAGGGAUGGUUUAUCUCCAAGGGAUCAAAAAGUUGCCAGCUUCUGGGCAACACGAAACCUUACCAACUUGGCAAGUAGCAUAAAAACUGAGAAUGAUCCCUACCCUAUUGACGAGGGCCAAAUGGAAAGCUACCAAAUGAAUGACUGCAGUUGGGUCCAGGACAGCUCACCUGAAAUGGCUGAAAAUGAAUCUCAAGGUGAGGGAAAAGUUUUCGUGUGGAAUGACAUGGGUGCACAGGGACAAUCAGUUCAAGAACCUGGAAAAGCAAGAAGGAAAAACCAAACUGCAAAGAGAUUUAUUUAUAAUAUACCACCUAAUACUGAAGAGAACUCUGAAGAUUGCUCAGUGUUGCAACCAUCAGUCCCAUAUCCAGAAGAAGAUUUGUCGUUUAUUAAAGAAGAAGCAGCUACUUCAAGUGACUUCAAGUAUGGACUGUUGCCGGGUACUUCAAAUGACUUCAAGUACGGAUUGCUGCCGGGUACUUCAAGUGACUUCAAGUAUGGGCUGCUACCGGGUACUUCAAGUGAUUUUAAGUAUGGUUUGCUGCCAGAAUCUUGGCCGAAAGAAGCUUGGGAAAAUGGUGAUUCCUCUGCUUUAAUCAUGAACAAGCUGAAGUGUCCACACUGUAAUUAUGUAGCCAAAUACAGAAGAACACUAAAGAGACACUUGCUCAUUCACACAGGCGUGAGAUCUUUCAGUUGUGACAUCUGUGGGAAGCUGUUUACACGAAGAGAGCAUGUAAAGAGACAUUCCUUGGUGCAUAAAAAGGAUAAAAAGUAUAAGUGUAUGGUGUGUAAGAAGAUUUUCAUGCUAGCAGCCAGUGUUGGAAUAAGACAUGGAUCACGACGUUACGGAGUUUGUGUAGACUGUGCAGAUAAAUCUCAGCCUGGAGGGCAAGAGGGAGCAGACCAGGUGCAGGACACAGAUUUCCCUAGGGAUGAAGAAUACGAAGAAAAUGAAGUGGGAGAAGGCGAUGAGGAGCUCGGUGAUGAUGUAGAAGAACAGAAUGAGCAGUCUCGAUGGGAUGAAGGCGGGGAAGUUUGUAUGCCUUUAGAUGACUGACAGAGCAUAUGACUUCAGGGUGCUGCAAAUGGACACUGUAUGGAUUGACUGUUUGGAUUUUUGGACUGAAGGCUUGCGAAAUCUGGUACAGGCUGGAUGGUAGUUAAAUUGCUGUGAAAAUGUAGGGUCAAAGCCUUAUAGCAAAAAAAAAAGGAUUAUUAAUUUUUUUAUGAUAUUUGCACAGGACUGUACAGCAUACAACCGUUUGGUUGAAUUAUACAGAGUCCUCACAUCUACAGUCAGUUAUCAAAAGAAAAAUGUAUUUUUUAUUAUUUAUAGGCUAUAGCUACUUGGGUUCUAUUCAGACAUAGUAGUAACUGUAAUUAUGUUACACAUUCAUGUAUCUGUUAACAUGAAUGAAGAAAAUUGCAACUUGGUAUGGAAGUACAAAGACAGCUUUCCCAAAUGCACUGUUCUUUCGUCAGUGAGUCAGUGAAGCUAAUUUGGGCUAGUGGCUCAUUUUCCACAAGCAUGUCUUUGCCAUACAAACCUUACCUCUCCCGUAAUCUGAUAGGUGAAAGCCAAUCAUGUAAAUGUGUCACGGAUAUUGCCAACACCGUAUUGAAAUUUGGGUUGAAAACUUCUGGCUCUGUGCUGGCAGGUGCUAUGGGUGAUAAGCACUGGAGAAGCUGUUAAUGGCAUUAAUUUAGUGUCUGUUUUUUAAAGACGGUUGUUGUUGAUUCAUCAGUUUCAAAAUGAUAAUACAAAUGAAAUAACCAGUAAUGAAAAUAAUAGACUGAUCAGAGCAUGGGUAGCUCUUGUGCCACUUGUCAAAAGAGACAGUCAUGCUAAAAGGUAUCUGAUGUAAUAAUGUUUAUUCCCUCUUUUAAGGCCCCCCUUCUCUCAAAAUUUUUUGGUUUCCCUGGUGUAUACCUCAGUCCCACAGAAUAAAAAUACAAGGAAUGGAGAAAGUGUCAUAUUAAAACAACUUUUUGGUCAAUAAUUUCUUACUUGUCCGUUUUUUGGCUAGUUUAUGUGAUGUGAAUUGGACACUAGGCUAUUGUGCCCAUCGUUCAUCAUUGAACACAAACUAUUUUUUAUUCUUUUGUACUCAUGAGUUGUUGUUAGUAUUUAAUAUAAACAAAUUACAUUUAACUUGCUAAUUUGCUGGAAUUUUUUUAAAGAAAAACAAGAAGUCCAAAGCAAAAUAAUGCUCUUUGAGUUGUCUACUUUUCAGGAGGAUGUGCUCCCUAUACUCUUUGUUUCAGACUUUCUAGGAGGCAUUGAAACUUGAAUUUUCGUAGCCACGUAGUUUUGUUGGUUUUUUUGGGGUUAUUUUUCCUAAGCUUAUAAUAUUGUACCAAUGAUUUCAGGCCCCUUUCAUAGGGAGGGGAGGGCAUUACACCUUCACCUUAAACUCGUCUGUGUUGUCUAGCCUAAGGCAAGUGAAUUCAGGCAAUCAUUGAAACAAUAAGUCUGAUUAUUAUGUCACAGUGAGUAAAUAUGCAGAGCAUUUGUCAUGACACAUAGCUAGGCCAGUGUGACAGUACUGUACAAAAACAAUUGAGGGUCACCAUCUUUUUCAACUUUGUUUAAUUUUAAAAUUGAGUAUAUUUUUUCCAAUUUUAUGUCAGGUAACUAAAUUAUGGUAAUAAGACAAGGAAUUGAAAAGUAAAGAAAUUGAAAAGUAGUUGUGUGGAUAACUUUGAAUUAUGCUUUGAUGGACAAAAUCUUACUGGUGCUCCAUCUGAUCAAAGUUGGUAUGUAUUUAAAGAGAUAAGCUUUACUGUUGUCCAUAGAACAGUAACAUAAUAUUAAGACAUUGUUUUUGCUGAUUGAAACUGAGAUAAGUUUGAACUACAGUUAUAUGGGAAUUAAAAUGCUUUUUUUAUCAUCCA